UCUGAUAACAGAAUCCUUUUUCCGGCUCGAAACUUCCCUUUCUCCAUUGAAACAGCUACAUUUUCACGUAAAAAACAAUCUCAUUUCGCCAAAAUCCUCACAAAUUUGACACAAAUUUAUUAAAAUUUGUAUAUGUUUUAAUUAAUCCGUGCACCUACAUUUUGCAAUCUUCUUCUAUUUAUUGGAGGAAUUGCAUGUGAAAAGCUAUAUAUAUUUGACAGUUUGUGAGAAUUAUUGAGGGAUCGGAGAUGGGGGAGAGGUUUAUAAUUGAGGUUGAACCGGCGAAGCCAGCCAAAGAUGGAAAACCGUCAGUCGGACCGGUUUAUCGGAGUUUAUUCGCUAAGGACGGGUUUCCACCUCCGGUCGAAGGCUUAGAUAGCUGUUGGGAUAUUUUCCGUAUGUCAGUGGAGAAAUAUCCCAACAACCGAAUGCUUGGCCGUCGUAAGUUUGUGGAUGGAAAGCCUGGAAAGUAUGUGUGGAUGACUUACAAAGAAGUAUAUGACAUUGUCAUAAAAGUAGGAAAUGCCAUCCGGAACUGUGGUGUGGAACAAGGAGGAAAAUGUGGUAUUUAUGGUGCCAACUGCCCUGAGUGGAUUAUAAGCAUGGAGGCAUGCAAUGCUCAUGGACUCUACUGUGUCCCUCUGUACGACACUUUAGGUGCUGGUGCAGUGGAAUUUAUCAUUUCCCAUGCUGAGGUUUCAAUUGCUUUUGUUGAGGAGAAAAAGGUUCCCGAGCUUUUGAAAACAUUUCCAAAUGCAGCGAAGUACUUGAAGACGGUUGUGAGUUUCGGGGAAGUCACUCCUCAACAAAAGGAAGAGGUUGAAAAGUUUGGAGCGGCUCUCUUUUCCUGGGAUGAGUUUCUACAAUUAGGAAGCAAAAAUCAGUAUGAUCUUCCAGUGAAAAAGAAGACUGAUAUUUGCACAAUAAUGUAUACUAGUGGAACAACUGGAGAACCCAAGGGUGUGAUGAUUUCGAAUAAUAGCAUUGUUACUCUUAUAGCUGGAGUGAAGUGUUUUCUUGAGAGUGUACAUGAGGCGUUGAACGUGAAUGAUGUAUAUCUCUCAUAUCUUCCCUUGGCACAUAUCUUUGAUCGGGUGAUUGAAGAAUGUUUCAUUAGUCAUGGCGCCUCAAUUGGAUUUUGGCGAGGGGAUGUCAAGUUACUAACUGAAGACAUUGGAGAGCUGAAACCAACUGUCUUCUGCGCAGUACCUCGGGUAUUAGACAGAAUAUAUUCAGGUUUGCAACAGAAAAUUUCUUCAGGGGGUCGGCUAAGGAGCACACUGUUCAAUAUUGCAUAUGCUCGCAAACUUCAAUAUUUGAAGAGUGGGUGUAAAUAUCACGAAGCAUCUCCAAUUUCCGACAAAGUUGUUUUCAGUAAGGUAAAAGAUGGGUUAGGAGGCAAAGUGCGUCUUAUAUUAUCUGGAGCAGCACCCCUCUCAUCUCAUGUGGAAGCUUUUCUGCGAGUUGUAGCAUGUGCUCAUGUUCUUCAAGGAUAUGGUCUGACUGAAACUUGUGCUGGUACAUUUGUAUCACUACCCAACCAAUUUGAUAUGCUUGGUACGGUUGGUCCUCCUGUGCCCAAUGUGGAUGUGUGUUUGGAGUCCGUUCCUGAAAUGGAAUAUGACGCUCUUUCAAGCACGCCACGUGGAGAAAUAUGCGUGAGGGGUGACACUGUGUUUUCUGGUUAUUACAAGCGUGAGGACCUCACGAAAGAAGUCAUGAUUGAUGGGUGGUUUCACACAGGGGAUAUUGGUGAGUGGCAACCAAAUGGUAGCUUGAAGAUAAUUGAUCGCAAGAAGAACAUUUUCAAGCUAUCACAAGGUGAAUAUGUUGCAGUCGAAAAUUUGGAGAAUAUAUAUGGCAAUAAUCCUGUUAUUGACUCGAUAUGGAUAUAUGGAAGCAGCUAUGAGUCUUUCCUUGUUGCUGUUGUUAACCCAAACAAACAAGAGGUUGAAAAAUGGGCUAAACAGAAUGGCCUCUCUGGGGAUUUUAAUUCCCUAUGUGAAAAUCCAAAGGUGAAAGAACACAUACUAGGGGAGCUCACAAAAGCUGCAAAAGAGAAGAAGCUGAAGGGCUUUGAGUUCAUAAAAGCUCUACACCUUGAUCCGGUGCCAUUUGACAUGGAACGCGACCUUCUGACUCCAACAUUUAAGAAGAAAAGACCACAGUUACUCAAAUACUACAAGGAUGUGAUUGAAACCAUGUACAAGGAUGCUAAAUGAACUUGCAAGGCUGAAACUAGCAGCUUUUCUUUUUAACUCCACUUUUUUUUGGUUUUGUUUUUGUACUGUACAUAUCACUCAAAGAGGAUGAGAUAUUGUUUUAGCAAACUGGAUUAUCCUGUAAUGCAAGGGAAGAUAUUUUUUUAUUGGAUUGCUUUAGUUUAAAGCUGAAAAUGCAAUUUCAGGGAUUUUUUUAA